UGUCGCGUGUUGCUCGCGCCGCUGCGCCGCAAAGGCAUCAAAGUCACCGCGCGCAUCGAUCCCGUCACGCGUCUUCCCUUCUCUCCACCGCCUCGCCCGCUGCCCAGCAUGCCCGCACCCACGCUCGCCCUCCCCACCUCGUCGCUCCGCCACACGCCCUCGCCACACGUCGUGUACCACAUUGCCAUCGCGCAGCCCGUGCGCUCCUGGCUCGUGCUGCGCCGCUACUCGGCCUUUGCCGCGCUGCACGCCGCCCUCGCGCCGCUGCUGCUCGCCGAGCUGCCAGCCCUGCCGCCGCGCCACGCCGCACGCCACGUGCUCGGCGCCUCGCUCUCGCGCCUCGGCCUCGGCGCCGCGGCGCCGCUGCACGCCGGCGCCGACGAGGAUGCAGCGGCCACCGAGCGGCGCCUGCAGCUGCAGCGCUUCCUGCGCGCCGUGCUGUGUCGCGUGGCGGCAGCGCCGCGCACGCCGGCGCACGACGCCGCCGUCCCGCACCUCGCCGCCUUUCUCGACAUGGCGCCGAGCGAUCUGCUGGCGCUGGCGGCGCGUGUGCGCGACGAGGAGACCCCGACGCCCGCGCCGGCAGCGACGACGAGCAGCGCCGCGCCCGCCGCCCCUCGCGCUCCUCCGGCGGCGGCGCCCGGCGGCUUCACGCGCGCCUUUGGCUCCGCCGCCGCCGCGCCGCACGCCCAAGAGACGGCCGCCACACGUGCGCUCUCCUCGCAGGCGCUGCUCGACUCGCAGAGCGCCAGCAUGGCCGCGCAGGACGCGCAGCUCGGCGACCUGGCCGCCGUGCUGCGGCGGCAGCGCACGCUGGCGGGCGCCAUGAACGCCGAGCUGGCGCAGCAGAACGAGCUGCUGCAGAGCUUUGGCGGCGAGCUGGAGAGCGUGCAGCGCAAGAUGGGCACGGCGCAGGGACAGAUGAAGCGCCUCGGCUAGGCUCGUGCGAUGAGCGGCAGCACGCAGUGGAGCUCGGAGACGGGCUGCAACGCACGCCGCGCUCGCGCGCGCCCGACGCUCAUGCAGCGCCGCUCAGAUGUGCUUGGCUGCUGCACUUGCCUGGCCGCUGGACCGAGGCUUAAGUCAUGCUCUGCACCUCUCGGCUGCCGCACCGCACCGACUCGCCUCGGUGCGCAUGGGGUGCGCCUCUCGCUGGCCGGGGC